AUGUGUAACAACAACCCCACCCCUCCCCCGUCCAUGUAUAACAACAACCCCACCCCUCUCCCGUCCAUGUGUAACAACAACCCCACCCCUCUCCCGUCCAUGUGUAACAACAACCCCACCCGUCCCCCGUCCAUGUGUAACAACAACCCCACCCCUCUCCCGUCCAUGUGUAACAACAACCCCACCCCUCUCCCGUCCAUGUGUAACAACAACCCCACCCCUCCCCCGUCCAUGUAUAACAACAACCCCACCCCUCUCCCGUCCAUGUGUAACAACAACCCCACCCGUCCCCCGUCCAUGUGUAACAACAACCCCACCCCUCUCCCGUCCAUGUGUAACAACAACCCCACCCCUCUCCCGUCCAUGUAUAACAACAACCCCACCCGUCCCCCGUCCAUGUAUAACAACAACCCCACCCGUCCCCCGUCCAUGUGUAACAACCCCACCCCUCUCCCGUCCAUGUAUAACAACAACCCCUCCCGUCUCCCGUCCAUGUGUAACAACAACCCCACCCCUCUCCCGUCCAUGUGUAACAACAACCCCACCCCUCUCCCGUCCAUGUAUAACAACAACCCCACCCGUCCCCCGUCCAUGUAUAACAACAACCCCACCCCUCUCCCGUCCAUGUAUAACAACAACCCCACCCGUCCCCCGUCCAUGUAUAACAACAACCCCACCCCUCCCCCGUCCAUGUGUAACAACCCCACCCCUCUCCCGUCCAUGUAUAACAACAACCCCACCCCUCCCCCGUCCAUGUAUAACAACAACCCCACCCCUCCCCCGUCCAUGUGUAACAACAACCCCACCCGUCCCCCGUCCAUGUGUAACAACGCCACCCGUCCCCCGUCCAUGUAUAACAACAACCCCACCCCUCCCCCGUCCAUGUAUAACAACAACCCCACCCGUCCCCCGUCCAUGUGUAACAACCCCACCCCUCCCCCGUCCAUGUAUAACAACAACCCCACCCCUCCCCCGUCCAUGUAUAACAACAACCCCACCCGUCCCCCGUCCAUGUGUAACAACCCCACCCCUCUCCCGUCCAUGUAUAACAACAACCCCUCCCGUCUCCCGUCCAUGUGUAACAACAACCCCACCCCUCUCCCGUCCAUGUGUAACAACAACCCCACCCCUCUCCCGUCCAUGUAUAACAACAACCCCACCCGUCCCCCGUCCAUGUAUAACAACAACCCCACCCGUCCCCCGUCCAUGUAUAACAACGCCACCCGUCCCCCGUCCAUGUAUAAUAACCCCACCCCUCUCCUGCCCCAAUGA